AUGGCUGUUCGCGCCCAAUUUGAAAACUCCAACGAAGUCGGUGUCUUCGCCCGUCUCACCAACUCCUACGCCAUCGUCGCCGUCGGCGCCUCGGAAAACUUCUACUCCGUCUUCGAAUCCGAACUGCAAGAUGUCAUCCCCAUCUGCCACGCGACGAUCGCCGGAACCCGCAUUGUCGGCCGUCUGACCGUCGGUAACAAGAAUGGUCUGCUGGUGCCGACCACAACGACCGAUCAGGAAUUGCAGCAUUUGCGAAACACACUGCCCGAUGCGGUCAAGAUUCAACGUAUAGAGGAGCGAUUGAGUGCUCUGGGAAAUGUCAUUUGUUGUAAUGAUCAUGUUGCCUUGGUGCAUCCGGACUUGGAGAGAGAAACGGAAGAGAUCAUCGCCGACGUCCUCGGCGUCGAAGUCUUCCGCCAAACAGUCGCCGACAACGUCCUCACAGGCUCGUACAUGGCCCUCUCCAACCAAGGCGGUCUCGUCCACCCCAAGACCUCCAUCCGCGACCAAGAUGAACUCUCCUCCCUCCUGCAGGUGCCCCUGGUGGCUGGUUCCGUCAACCGUGGCUCCCCCGUGGUCGGCGCCGGCAUGGUCGUAAACGACUGGUUGGCCGUGACGGGUCUGGACACAACGGCGACGGAGUUGAGUGUGGUCGAGAGCGUCUUCCGUCUGGGAGAGAUGGCUCCCGGUGGUUCUGGCGCUGGUGUGAACAAGGAGAGUAUCGUGGAGAGUUUCUACUAG